ACGUGAAGGGGCGGGGGCGGCCCGGUCCCGGGGGAGGAGCAGCCUCAUGGAGCCGGUGAGCGAGUGGAUCCGCUGGCGUUUCCCCGCGGUGCGGAGCCUGGGCCCGGCCGCUCUGGAGCAGCGGCUGCGGGGGGAGCGGGAGCGGCUGCUGCUGUUGGACGUCCGGAGUGCGGCCGAGUAUGAGGUCAGUCACCUGGAGGGAGCCGUUCGCAUCGACCCGGACACCAACGACGUGGGGACGGUGGUCCAGGAACUGACAGGUGGCUCGGAGGAGAUGGAGGUGGUUUGCUACUGCACGGCUGGUUACCACGCCUCGGAGAUGGCGGAGAGGCUGGACAAGGCGCUGCCACCGGGGCGCGGCUCGACCAGGGUCUACAGCCUGCAAGGGGGGCUGGUGAGUUGGGCCAACGACGGCAAGCCCAUGGUGGACAGUGGGGGGCAGCCAACCGCUCUCGUCCACCCCUACAACAAGGUAUGGGCUCAGCUGCUGGAGCCCCAGUACCGGGCACCUGUCUGACCCCGAGCUCUCGUUCUAACUCUGGGUCCCUCGGACUGACCCCGUGCUCCGGCCCCGGUCUGACCCUGGGAGGAGACACCGCGCUUGUCCCCGCUGUUUGUUCUGCAGUAAUUUCCUGGCAAGUUGACAAUUUGAAACAGUGAAUUAAGUGGAGAAUGUAACUUAGAUGUAUGUGUAUAACCAGGAUCUAAGCCUUGACACGUUGCAAAACCAAUCAAGAUAUGAAUGAAUAAAACAAUCCGCGCUGUUCUG